AUCUUGCUCACAGUAGAUUCACGUCACCCACAACUAUCCCAGUAUAUAUACAAUGGAGCCGCUCAUGUUGUCGGAGAUGUCUCCAUUGCGUCGGUUUCGCAAUUCGCAUCAUCGACAUCAUCUACAGAUACCACACUUCCACCCACCUUAACGAUCGACUCUGUUGUCCCCAACCAGCAUCAGACUUCGUUCCUGUGUUUGUUUGUUUGCCAUUUCGCAGCUCGAAUCAUCAUACCAUUGAACUAUCAGCGCGCCCUGAUGAUUAUCACCAAAGACCUUCCUGACCUGAACGAAGUUUUCAACACAAGCGACGCUGACUGGCCUCUUCUGGCUCCCGUCACGUCCGGAACAACAUAUCAUGGACAAAUCCAAACGGCGAGGACGCCAACGAGCAUAAGCGCGUCGCUGCAGAAUUUCUACUCGGCUGCAACGUCGCCGAGCGACAUGGCCGCUCUAGAAAAUGUGACUUCACUCGCAUCAGUCGAACCGUUACAAUGCCCUGUUCCUUUUCUCGACCAGCGCGGCGUUCAUCCAGCUCACGAUAUACAUCCCGGGGUCAAGCCAAGCAAUACGAUGAUGCUCUCUCCACAUAUUACUGGGCUUCCGAUGUCCACCUUUCAGAGCAGUGGCAUCUUGGCGCACGACGAUUAUCAGCUGGCGAGAUACGAGGACGCGCGCCAUCACUAUCCCGGACCGAUCCAGGAUACACCGAGAUAUUACACUCAUGACAGUGUGGCCAACUGGGAGCGAGGAUAUAUGUGGCCCACAGAACUCGGGGGGCCAUCUGUCGUGCAGCUCCACGCCGAUGCUUUAGAUAGUCUGGAGGACUCCAAACCUUUACUGGUCGAGCCACAACUUGGACAAACCUCGAGCUGCUACUCAUUAGAGCCAAGCUCAGCCCAUUAUCAAACAGACAAUUUCCCAAAUUAUGUGCCUGACGUUCACUCCCUACCUGGACUUUCAUCAAGCUACCACACCCCGAUCACACCACAGGAGUGCUCGCCACGGACAUCCCAGCUUGACCUAGGACUCCCCAGCAUUCCUUCCACGGACGAAUGGUCGCGACACAUGCCGGACAUGGGCGAUGAUAUGAUGCCAAAGCUGCAUACCGGCAGUCUCAUACCACCGCCGAACGACGUCUCAGGAUCCCGCUCACCUAGCUCGAUAUCCACGACAGCAUCUUCCACACGCAACGGCCCUCGACGCAACAGAUACCAAAUGUCAAUAGGAUCGUAUCCGUACACCUGCAAAGUCGGAUCCUGCGGCGCCGGCUUCCCUACACAAGCCGCUUUGACGCAUCACGGACGAACGCACAAGUCAUACAGUGAUCGCCAGCACGUAUGUACCAUCUGCAAGAAGCGCUUCCAAUAUCGCAAAGACUUGGGCCGGCAUAUGCCCAACCACGACCCGGAUGCUCAUCGAUUCCUCUGCCCCAUGGCAGACUGCAAGUACGCCACGAAAGGGUUCCGGCGACGGGACCAUCUCGACCGACACAUCGGAGCCGUCCACCCGGUCCGAACCCCCCCGCCAAUGAUGUAUAUGGCGCCGGCACAGCCGAUGCAGAUGUCGUGACUCAAUGUCGGCGAGACAUCGGCGAGCACACGACUAUACGAGAUCUAUGAUUGAACGACGAUGCAUGAUAUUAGCAUUUUUUUGGGGCAUGGCUCGCGCGACGGGCUUUCCCUUCAGAAGCUCUCUACGAGGCAAUGCAUGGGCGAAGCAUUUAUUGGCGUUUUGAUUUAUUUUACUCUUCUGGCCCCCAAAAGCUUGUGCGGACAGUGCAAAGCUGGCAAAUGUAACAUC